UGUGCUUGAUCCCAAGCAAACUAACCUCUUGGAUAAAAGAGAAUUAUAUAAAAUUGUCAACCGGAUUCCAGUCCAGAAAACCCAAUGAGUGAAAUUACAGAGAGGAGAGUAUCUAUGAAGGAUGAUGCGGCCUCCAGAACUGCACACAAUACUCAACAUGAGGUCUAACUAGCGCUCGGUAACGUGACAUAAGAACCUGACUAUUUCUGCUGCUAAUAACUCUACUAAUAAAACACAGUAUUCUGCUGGCCUUACUCGCUGCACUGCUGCAUUGUUUACUGAAUUGUAAAUCAACUGAAAUAAUAAUUCCCAAGUCCGGUUCCUCUUCUGUAACACUCACUAAAUUCUCAUUGACUCUGUAACUAACCUUUGGAUUUUUCUUUCCAAAAAGCACAAUUUUACACUUUGUGAUGCUGAACUUUAAAGGGGCAGUCAACACCAGAAUUUUUGUCAUUUUAAAAGAUAGAUAAUCCCUUAAUUACCAAUUCCCUAGUUUUGCAUAACCAACACAGUUAUAAUUAUACACAUUUUACUUCUGUAAUUACCUUGUGUCUAAGCCUCAGCAGACUGCCCCCUUAUUUCAGUUCUUUUGACAGACUUGCAGUUUAGCCAAUCAGAGCUGUCUCCAUGGUAAAUUCUCAUGCAUGAGCUCAAUGUUAUCUAUAUAAAACACAUGAACUUAUGCCCUCUAGUGGUGAAAAACGAUCUAAAUGCAUUUAGAUUAGAGGCAGCCUUCGAGGUCUAAGAAAUUAGCAUAUGAACCUCCUAGGUUUAGCUUUCAACUAAGAAUACCAAGAGAACAAAGCAAAAUUGGUGAUAAAAGUGAAUUGGAAAGUAGUUUAAAAUUACAUGCCCUAUCUGAAUCAUGAAAGUUUGUUUUUGAAUUGACUGUCCCUUUAAAUCCCAUUUGUCUUUUCUCUUCAUUUUUUAUAUCACUUCAGAUUUGAUUAAUCGCCCCUGGAACAUCAACUCUUUGACAAAUGACUGUAUCUUCUGCAGACGGACAAACAAACAUAAAUAUAUUCAAUAAAAACUGAUGACCUGUGAGUUGACUGUCACACAAUACUGUAUAUUGCAGCCGAAUGACUGUAGUGGGACGAUUUGCCUUAUACCUUUUUUCUAGUGGUCACCAUUAUCUGACUGAACAUGAGACCUUUCAGUAGGGUGUAUAUCAUUUUAUCAUCGGUGGUUUAUGUAACCAAUUAGACUAAUGGGAACUUGAUCAGCACAGUGUACAGUAAUUGAUGCACUGAAUUCCUAGAUAGCUAAAGAAAUUCCUUUUAGAAACAAACUCAUUUAUUGCUCAGCAAGUGAGUUUUUUUGUUAUAGCAAACGGAGGGGGGUCACUCUUAUCAUAUAUACCUAUUGUAGGGCUGGACUUGGGUUAUAAAAAAGCUGUCAGAUGAGCAGGAGCCCUGGACCAUGUAUAUUUCAUAGGAACUUUCUGCAUGAUAUCUGAAUGUGCCACAAAACUGCAUAUUAGAAAAGACAUUUUACACUUGUUUUUCACUAAUAUAAAGCUGGUAACAGAGCAGUAAGGUUGUAAUCAGGGGAUGGGGGUGGAGGUGCAGUGGGUGUGCAGAAUUGUUGCCCUAUUGGUAUUUCAAUUUAAAAAUGUUAUUUUUUAUAUUAAAAUAAAGAGACAUUAAAGUCAUCAUUGUAUAUGCAGCAGAAAUGUAUCACCUGCAUAACAUAAACAAUCUACGUACAAAAUAUGUUUGAUAAAUAUUUAAACUGUUAUUUUGUUAGCAACAUGCGCAUUGUUUUACAGUCCAGGAACAUAUUCCUUGAGCAUGUUUAUCUUAUCUCCUAUGCUGCUAGGGACAGAUAUAAAUUAGCUCCUGUACAGAUAAUUUGAAUACUGUAGCAUGUUGCAGGGUCAUCUUUCUGAAUUCCACUGAAAGCCCUCCACCCUCUCUGGGAUCAGUGGAAAUAGAAUUUUCCGAAUGUUAUAGAAAAAGUGAGUAAAAUAAAUGUUUACUGCAUCAAGAAACAUGUUAUGGGGAAUUUAAGUUUGAAAUUAAAGGGACAUUAUACACUCAUAUUUUCUUUGCAUAAAUGUUUUGUAGAUGAUCUAUUUAUAUAGCCCAUAAAGUUGUUUUUUUUUUUGUUUUUUUUUUAAAAAAGUAUAGUUUUGCUUAUUUUUAAAUAACAUUGCGCUGAUUUUCAGACUCCUAACCAAGCCCCAAAGUUUUAUGAGAAUACCGACGUAUACCUUCUCCAGCUUGCUCCUGUUUGUGUAAAGGGUCUUUUCAUAUGCAAAGGCAGGGGAGGGUCUUAUUUCCCACUUGCAGUGGGCUUUCCAACUCCCUUUUCAACAGAGCUAAACUGAGAGCUUCUAAGUAAGUUUUAAACAGUUUCAUACUGGAUUUUUAUAUCUGUGCAUCUUAUUCUUUAUAGUAGUCUCUAUUACAUGCAGAUAUAUGAAAAUUCAUGUAUACUGUCCCUUUAUGGUCCCUUUAAAGGAAGACAGGAGAUGUCCUCUGAUUGCUCUGCGGGGAUGUAACAUAAGUGGUUCUUUUGUAUGGAGUACUAAUACUAUCCUAUAAGCCCCUCCCACUUGUAGUAUUUCCCACUGUCUGGUGUAAUAAGAGGAGCAGCACUUUCUGUAAUAAAUACAACUGUUUUCCUGUUGCCAAUAAAGUUUAUUUUAAUACAAAAACUGACUGGACUGUACCACUUUAUCUAAAAUGCUAAUACAUAAUAUUAUUACCGUCAUAUUAUAGAUUAUAUUAGACCUGUAUCUAUGCACAACAAUCUCUUUCAGAAGCAAUAUCAUUUAGGUGAGACUUGCUGAGCUCUAGCUCCCCUGUCUAUCACACAUAAUGGUAUUUCCCCGCUGGGAAUGAGUAACCGGAAGUGACGCACGGAAGAAGAUGAAGCCAGUCAGGUGCGAUGGAGACCGCAGGGGAGAGAUUUACCUUUCAGUGCCCCCUGAACUUUGAACCUGCCGCUAAGCUUGAUGGGACAGUGACCUCUGACCCUGACACAGAAGUGUGGCUCAUUAAGGCUCCUGCAGACUUCACCCCGGAGAGUUUUACGUCACAUCGCAUCUCGCUAUCUAGUAACAAGACCCUGAAGGUGACGUCAGAUGGCAUCAAACGGCGAUUCCAGGUCUCUGCCUCCCCGUGUGAUGAGCCCCUCCCCUGCAGAGCUUUCCUGCCCCAGCCUGGGGCAUCACAGGUUAAACUGACCUGCGCCCCAGCUAUCCAAGGCAUCAUCACCGUAGCAGAAACCUACAAGGAGCCACCUGCCCUGCACCCCAUCCCAGACCGGCCCCCCCUGACCAUCCCAGACGGGCUACAACAUCGCUUCCAACCCUUUGGGGCAAUUCCACCCAAGCGGGUGCCGGAUCCAUUAGACUCAACCCCAAAGAUAAAGAAAAAAUCAAAGAAACGCAAGCGACAAGAGACUGUGACGGAUGAAACUAAAUGAAAAAUAUAUAUUGUAGUACCGGUAAUGGCCACUGGGUGUCACUACAGGCUUAUACAAAUGACUAUUACAGUAAUACUGCAGUAUUUCUGUCUCAUGGGUUUAGUUUUUAUAUAAAUGUGACGUUUUACCACAACAUAAGCUUUGUUUAUUGCAUUUAAAGGAUAUUUCAGGUCCUUCCCUCUGAUCAAUUUAAACUUAUGUUCUUCA